AUGUCUGAACUUCCAGCUCUUAUGAAGGCCGUGGUCUUCCAUGGCCCAAAGAAGGUCGCCGUUGAGGACCGGCCCGUCCCUAAAUUGCAAGGGCCGGGUGAUAUCAUUGUCAAAGUCCAGUCCACGGCCCUCUGCGGAUCGGAACUCCAUGUCUUCCGCGGCCACCAGCCGUCCCCCACGGGCUACAUCAUGGGUCACGAGUUCGUGGGCAUCGUCGUCCAAGCCGGCAGUGAUGUCAAAUCUGUCUCUGUCGGCGACAGGGUUAUUACCCCUUUCACUUUGUCUUGCAUGAACUGCUUCUACUGCACCCACAACGCCUCCUCCCGCUGCGCCGCCGCCUCCUCCCUCCUCUUCGGUUCCCCCGCCCUCGACGGCGGGCAAGCCGAGUACGUGCGCGUGCCCUUCGCCGACGGCAGCGUGCUAGCAGCCCCGCCCGAAAUCACGGACGACCGCGCGCUGGUGCUGAUGGCGGAUAUUUUCCCCACGGGCUUCUUCGGCGCCAAGAAUGCCUUUGAGAUGCUGCUCGCGCCGCAGCGGAUGGAGGCGAGCGAGAGUGUGGUGGUGGUGAUCGGGUGUGGACCGGUGGGGCUGUGCGCGGUGAUUUCGGCGUUGGAGUAUAGGCCGAAGCAUUUGUUUGCGGUGGAUAGUGUGCCGGCGAGGUUGGAGGUGGCGAGGCGGUUGGGGGCGGAGCCGUUGAAUUUUGCGGAGGUGGGCAAGGAGAGGAUGGUGGAGAGGGUGAAGGAGGUGACGGGGGGUAGGGGGGCGGAUGCGGUGAUUGAGGUCGUGGGGUUGAGUCCGGCGCUGAGGACGGCGUAUGAGCUGAUCAGGCCGUUUGGGGUUAUCAGCAGUAUUGGGGUGCAUAAUGCUGAGAUUCCUUGGGAUGGGAAUGAUGCGUAUGACAAGAAUGUCAAGGUCCAGAUGGGCCGCUGCCCUGUUCGUUCGGUGUUCCCAGAGGCGCUACCUGUGUUGGCCAAGAACCAAGACAAGUUUGGCUUCAUGUUCGACAAGAUCAUGCCGCUCUCAGAGGCGGUCGAGGGCUACGACCUGUUUGACCAGAUGAAGGUGCAAAAGGUCAUCUUCAAGCCUUGA